AUGGCUGCCCUAAUCCCCGGCCGGCCUGCCCGCACCGGCUGCUGGCUCUUGGGGAUGGGGCCCGGCGGGGCAGCACGGCGCGGGGCAGGCCGGGGCCAGAUGGUGUGCCUGCCGUGGGACCCGCGCCCAGCACACGCACCGACCGUUAGGGCUGCCCCGCCCCGCCCCGCCCCGCAGCCCGCUGACCCGGGAGGGGGCGGAGCGGCGGGGUCACCCUGGACCACGCCACGGCCUGAGGUCACAGUGGGCAUGACCUCUCGGGGCGGCUACCGGAUCCCUCACCCCAGCCCGGGGCGGCGGUGCGGGGCCGGUGGCGGGGCUGGCGGGGUCACGGUCUCAAGACACAGCCGGUGCUGCGACGGUGGCCACGUGGACACCCUGAGCGUGGCGGGGCCCGAAGAGCGUCUGGUUGGUGGCGGGGGAGGCGGGGGUGGCGGGGCGGGCGAGGGGUCACGUGAGAGCCUUGGCACCCCUGGAAGGCCGCAUGGGGCACCCAGCCGCCCCCGGGGGUGA